CACUCUCUCUCUCUUUGCCUGAAGCUUAUCGUAGCGUUCCGUUUUCAUUUCAUUUCAUUUGCAUUUUGAUUUUGAUUUGAGUAAGGAAUUCUCUUCCCUGUGGGCUGUCUGUCAGUCUCAUCAUCACUUUUCCAGUCCUCCAUUCGUUUUCAAGUCCAUAUUGAAACAUUGCACUUUGCACUCUCGCGGGCUGAACAUUGGGACUGGGAGAGUGAAAGAGCGAGCACAAGUCGUCGGUCAAAACAGUUUCUCCCUUCUUACAUCAUUCCUAACUACCUGCAUUAAUCCCCCUCCCCCUCCUCUCCCUCUCCCUCUCCCUCUUCUCUUCUCUUCUCUUCUCUUCUCUUCUCCAUCACACCCACCCCACCCCUCUGCUUUCUUGUUCUUGCUCUUUGCUUAAACCUUCUCAAGCCAACCCACCUUCCCCACCCCCGCCAAAUCUAGGGUUUUAGCUUAGCUUACUCCCCUGUCCCAUCUUCCUCUCUCUUUCUACUGCUAAUUCCUUCUUUCUUCCUAUCCCCCCGGCAAUUCUCAUGGCCAGUGAGACCCCCCCCGACUCCAAACCUUCUGACAACAAGGAGGAGCUGCCCCAGAAGGACCCCCAAGAAGAUGACCCUGGACACUGUUCCCCGAUGAAUAAGGAAGGUCAUGAUGAGCCCGAACAGGAUAAGAACAACAACGAUGAUGAUGAUGGCGGAGGAAAUCCCAAAAACAAGAAGAAAGACUCUAAUCAAUCGACUCCCAAAUCCAGGAAACGGGGCCGUAAACCCGGAGAGAAGGCCGAGGUGGCCACCACCCCUGCCACUGAUAGGCCUGCCCGUGAGAGGAAAGUCGUCGAACGCUACUCUGCUUCUCCUUCUAGCAGGACUCCUGGUGCCAAAUCCGUGGCGAUUGCUAAGGGUACUGGGACGCAGCUCAAGGAUAUUCCCAACGUCGCUUUCAAGUUGUCCAAGAACAAAGCUGAUGAUAAACUGCAGUUGCUUCAUUCAAUACUCUUUGGGAAGAAAGCAAAGGCACACUCUUUGAAGAGAAAUAUUGGUCAAUUUUCUGGAUUUGUGUGGAGUGACAAUGAGCAGGAUAAACAGAGGGCGAAAGUGAAGGAGAAACUUGACAAGUGUGUUAAAGAUAAGUUGGUUUACUUUUGUGAAGUACUGAACGUCCCGAUAAAUAAGGCAACCGUGAAGAAGGAGGAACUUUCAGUGAAGUUAUUGGACUUUUUGGAAUCCCCACACGCCACUACAGAUGUAUUACUUGCUGACAAAGAGCAGAAGCGCAAGAGGAAGUCUUCGUCAAACAAAUCAUUAAGCUCUGGUGAAGUGUCCGCAGAAGGAACACAGAAGAAACAAAAUAAAAGAGCCAAGGUAGGGGAAAAGCAAAAGACAUCAUCAGCAGCUGAAGAAGAUGCCAAGGGUGAUGAUAACAUGAUACAUUCAGAUGCAGGAGAUGACUCCAGUGAAGCUAAUGAGAAAGAUAAGGUAAAGGAAGACAGUGAUCACGCGGAGGAUAAAUCUGAGGAAGAGGAAGGCGCAAAAGAGGAAGGUGCAAAGGAGGAAGCAGACACAAAAGGCAAAUCUUCAGAUGAAGAACAGGCAAAGGAGGGAAAGGUGGGCAAAUCUGGGGAUAGUAAUAAACCAGGCAAAAAGGGAACUAGUGCAAAAUCUUCUAAAAGCCCUUCAGCAUCUGCCAAGAGAUCUUCAAGCUUAAAGAAAAAUGAUGAAGAUGCUUCUGGAUCACCUGCUAAAUUGAAAGGAUCUGAUUCAAAAAGGAAGAAGGCUGAGAAAGAUAAUAGAAAGGACAAAGGUGCUUCCUCAAAGGGAAAGUCUCCUAGCAAGAAGUCAAGUAAAUCACCAGUAAAGGCUUCAGCAAAGGACCAAGGAAAGAGCAAAACUAGCAAGAAAGCAAAAGCAGGGCCUAGUAGAGAAGAGAUGCAUGAAGUGGUCGUAGAAAUUCUCAAAGAAGUUGAUUUUAAUACUGCUACCUUGUCAGAUAUCCUGAAGCAGCUCGGUGCAAGAUUUGAUGUGGACCUUUAUAGUAGAAAAGCUGAGGUGAAAGAGAUAAUAACUGAGGUGAUAAAUAACAUGUCUGAUGAGGAAGAUGAAGAGGAUGAAAAUGAGGAUGCAAAGAAUGAUGAUGCAGGGGAUGCAGAUGAGUGAAGAUGCUGAACCCUCUGUUCAGUUUAGGUUGGGAUGAAAACUGCUUACAUGAGUCCUGAAGACUGAGUAUUUGAGACCAGCAGAAUAAUUUGCUGGUGGACAAUCUCUCCAAACGGGCAGGCAUUUGGAUGCCUCAGGUUCCAUUGGAACUCUGGCAUCGUGAAAGUUUUAUAGCUGAAUUAGUUUGUAGGUGUACCAUUUAGUUUUUCAUCAUGUGUUGUCUGUGCUAACCUGUUGAUCUCUCUCUCUAUCUAUCUAUCUAUUAGUUUUUUAGGGUUCCCCUUUAAUUGGUAUUUUUGUCAGGGGCAGUCUGUUUCGGUAUCGCCUCCAUGACUUUUGUAGCGAUUAGCAAGAUUAAUUCCCUAGAGAAGGUGACUUUAUUUCACUGGAUGAAGGUUAAGCCGACUGAUUCUGGGAUUGUGUUUGUACUCGGAUUCAGAUACAUGUGAAUAAAAGCCUGCAAGUAGUUCAGUUCAGCAUGCAUCAUAGCUAUAGGAAAGUAAGUAUAUAAUGUGAGCCUUGUUUAUGGGCAUGGCAUUGGCAUUUGAUGAUGGGUUAAUUGGGGACUUUAGUUGCUUCUACAUUGAAUACGUGGGGAUGUAUAUAUCCUGGGAAUAUUGGUUUGAAUACUAUAGUUCAUACUAUGAUUUGUA